AUGUCGCUUGAAGUUACUUACCCUCCACACGCCGGUCUCGAAUUUGUUAAAACGAUUCGACAUGACACAUACCCCGCCAUCGAUCCUGCGAGGGCAAACUUAGCAGGAAAAGUGGUCCUUGUAACCGGUGCAUCGAAGGGCAUUGGAAAGGCUAUCGCUAUCGCCUUCGCCCAAGCGGGUGUUUCCGGCCUCGUCCUCCUGGCUCGCUCCGAUAUGACUGCGACCCGGGCUGCAUGUGAAGCAGUAGCAACACGUCCAGGGCAGUCGCUGAAGGUUCUCACCAUCCCUGUCGAUACAAGCAACACCGCUCAAGUCGACGCGGCUUUGAAUAGUACCAAAGAGACGUUCGGACGGCUCAACAUCCUCGUGAAUAACGCUGGCGUAGUAGAGGAUUAUGCUGUGGUUGGAGAUUCUGAUCCGGCAAGUUGGUGGUACACAUGGGAAGUGAACAUGCGCGGGACGUACGAAGUGACGCGUGCAUCCUUGCCAAUACUCAUGGCUACCGAAGGCCACAAGACCAUCGCCACUGUCAGCAGCAUCGGUGCUCAUGGUAUCGUCCCAAAGUUUGCCUCUGCUUACGUGAUGUCCAAACUGGCACAGCUCCGCUUCGCGGAGCUCCUAAUGAACGAGUACGGGAACAAGGGGAUUGCUGCUUAUGCGAUUAACCCAGGCGCGAUCCUCACGAACUUGACUUCCGCCAUCCCUGAAGACCUCAAGGCGCACCUAGUAGACACCCCCGAGGUCGCUGCACACACCAUCGUCUGGCUCACUCGAGAGCCCAGAGACUGGCUCAGUGGUCGCUAUGUGAGCUGCCAGUGGGAUGUGGAGGAGCUGGAGGCGAAAAAGCAGGAAAUUGUUGAUGGUGACAAGCUGAAAAUGCGAAUGGCCAUUUAG